CAACCCUCUCUCUCUGUCUCUCUCCGUCUCUCUCUCUCAGUGUAUGACUCCUGCAAAAUGGCUGAGGCAGGUAUUUCAACAGAUCAGUAUCAGUUUAGCUGUUCAGUGUGUCUGGACCUCCUAAAAGAUCCAGUUUCUACUUCCUGUGGCCACAGUUUCUGUAAGGUGUGUAUUAAUAGGUUCUGGGAUCGUGAGGAUGUAAAGGGUGUCUACAGCUGUCCUCAGUGUAGAGAAACUUUUACUCCAAGACCUGUUCUACGCAGGAACACCAUGCUGGCUGAAGUGGUGGAGAAACUGAAGAAGGCUGAAGUUCAACCUGCUUCUCCUGCUCACUCUUAUGCUGGACCUGGAGAUGUGGAGUGUGAUUCCUGCACCGGGAAAAAACGCAAAGCUGUUAAUUCCUGUCUGGUGUGUCAGGCAUCCUAUUGUAAAGAUCAUCUUCAACCUCACUAUCAGUCUCCUGCCUUUAAGAAGCACAAGUUAGUGGAAGCCUGUGAGCUCCAAGAGAAGAUCUGCUCUCAGCAUAACAAACCGAUUGAGAUCUACUGUCGUACUGACCAAAGCUUCAUCUGUUAUUUGUGUAUGAUGGAUGGACACAAAGGCCAUGAUACAGUUUCAACUAAAGCAGAAAGGACUGAAAAACAGAAUGAGCUACAUGAGGAGCAGAUGAAAUCCCAGAGAAGGAUCCAGAAGAAGCAGAAGGAGGUGCAGGAGCUGGAACAGACUGUGACCACUAUUAAGAUGCGUUCACAGGCAGCAGUAGUUGAGAGUGAGAAGAUCUUUACUGAGCUGAUCAGCCUUAUGGAGAAAAAGCGCUCGGAGGUGACGGAGCUGAUCAGAGCUCAGGAGAAAGCUGAACUGAGUCGAGCUGAACGACUCCUGAAGCAACUGGAGCAGGAGAUUGCUGAUCUUAAGAGGAGAGUCACUGAGCUGGAGCAGCUUUCACACACACACGAUCACAUCCACUUCCUCCAGAGUUUCCCGUCUCUCUGUGUUUCUCCUGGAUGUGAGGACUCACCCAGCUUCACUGUCAAUCAACAUCUCUCAUUUGUUGGAGUGCAGAAAUCUCUCUCAGAUCUGAAAAAACGAGUCGAGGAAAUCUGUGAGGAGGAAUUUAACAAAAUCUGUCCGCAAGCUGCAGCAGGUCAGAUGUUGCUCUCUGAACCGAAAAGCAGGAAGGAUUUCCUGCAGUAUUUCAAAUAUUUCACCCUGGAUCCAAACACGGCGUACCCUAAACUUGUUCUGAAGGAGAAGAACAGAGCAAUGGUGUGCAUUGGGACAGAUCAACAAUACUCUGAUCAUCCAGAGCGAUUUGACUAUUGGAUUCAGGCAUUGUGUAAGGAGAGUGUGUGUGGACGCUGUUACUGGGAGGUGGAGUGGAGCGGUACUGUGUACAUGUCAGUCUCAUACAAAGGGAUCAGAAGAAAAGGACGAGGUGAUGAGAGUAUGUUUGGACGGAACAAUCAGUCCUGGAGCCUGCGAUGUUCUUCUACUUCUAUCUCUUUCUGGCACAACAAUGUUGAGACCAAGCUCCAAGGUUCAGCCUUUUCCAGGAUAGGAGUGUAUGUGGAUCACAGUGCAGGAACUCUGUCCUUCUACAAUGUCUCUGACACGAUGAUGCUCCUCCACAGAGUCCACACCACAUUCACUCAAACUCUGUAUGCUGGGUUCUGGGUAUUUUAUAACUCAACUGUAAAGUUAUGUGAUCCAAAAUGACAUGACGGUAAAUAUUAUAUAUAUUAGUAUAUAUUAAAACUCUGGUGCCAGGUUAUGUUUCUCACUGAGAACAUAGUGAAGGUUUUACAGUAUAUAUUGAAAAAUUGCAAACAAUUUCUUAUUGCACAUUGUAGGAUGAGUCUUAAAAAUAAAUAGUAACUAAAGAAAAAAGUACACUUUUGUGUAUUAGAAAUAUAUUCAAGUCUUUUAUAGUACAUUGAAAAUAUACUAACAAAAAAGUGUACCAUUAGUUAAUAUAUUAAGUAUAAGUAAAAGUAUGCCAAUAUCACACUGUUACCAAUUCUUGGAAUAUAAAGUUUUGAAACAUUAAUCAUACUUGAUGACUUGAUAAAAAUAAUUGUAUUAUGGUACAUUUUUCCAAAAAUAUAUUAUACAGUAGAAAAGUCUACUUUAAGUGAAAGUUCAGUGUAAUUUUAAAAGCAAAUUAUAAAUAUGCCAUAAAUAUGGUAUGGUUGAAAUAAUCAUUGUAACAAUCAUUGUAACACUACAAAAAGUAUACAUUAGAACAUAAAUUUCACGUGUGCGCUUUCAAACUAGUUUUUGUAUGCAGAAUAAAAGAAUAGCACUACUGUAUGCUACACUUGCUUGGAAUGCAGCAGCACUA